AUUUAUUUUUAUAUUUUUUGACUUGGUUUUAAAUGGUGUGUAUUUCUUAUGUGCAUAUUUGUGUGUGUUUUGCUGUGACCAAUCAGCAAGACUGAAAAGCAUGAAAGGAGUAUUCAGACCAUUCAUAAGCAGUUAUUUUUGCUUUUUGUUUUAAUGAGUGUGGGACACCUGAGUAUACUUUUGAAUGUAACAUUGUUGAGGGGCACCUGCAAGAAUAAUGUAUAUGCCUGUCCUCAUGAACAGAACCUUGUGUUAAUUAUUACAGAAAGAAACCGAGAGAGAUCUUAGAGACCUGACAGCUUUGGCAUCCUUUUCUGUUCCAUCCAGACCAGGAUGUGGAUGUGAUGGCUGGAGACUUAACUUCCAUUGGAACUAUGAGGAUAAUGGCCACACUAUAGGGACAGCUGAGUGGUGAGCAGAAAGGAGCCUUCUUGGAUGAGGACAGAAUCACUAUAGCAGCCGUAGACUACCUACCUCUGGACUUUCAUGCAGUUUCCCCCGGAACCAUUUACCUCCAGAGGACGAGCGGAAUUUGAUCUGAAGGCUGGCCAUGACAUCUCAAGGUCAAAGUUUGAGGUUCCGUUCAGAUGAUAAUUGUCAAGUGAACUUCCGUGAGAAGCUUCUGAUUAUUGAUUCAAACCUGGAGGCCCAAGAUGUGGAGGGCUUGAAGUUUCUCUGCCGAGACUGGAUCUCCCACAAGAAGCUGGAGAAGUCCAGCUCAGCCUCGGAUAUUUUUGAUCAUCUGUUGGCAGAGGAGCUGCUGAGUGAGGAAGACCCCUUCUUCCUAGCAGAACUCCUCUAUAUACUCAAACAGAAUUCGCUGCUGCGGUACCUCCGCCAAAGCAGAGAGCAAGUGGAGAGUUUGCUGCCCACCCGAAGGAGGGUCUCUCUGUUCAGAAACCUGCUGUACGAACUGUCAGAGGGAAUCGGCUCAGAGAACUUAAAGGACAUGGUCUUCCUUAUGAGAGAAUCGAUUCCCAAAAUCCAGAUGACCUCUCUAAGUUUCCUGGCAUAUCUGGAGAAACAAGCUCUAAUAGAUGAAGAUAAUCUGAUGUUACUGGAGGAUCUCUGCAGAAAAGUUGUACCUAACCUUAUGAGAAAGAUAGAAAAAUAUAAGAGAGAGAAAGCCUCCCAGGUAGUGACACCUCCUGUUGACCAGGAAACUGAGUCAUUGCAUCAAGGAGAGGAAGAACUAUUUUCCCGUUCAGAUGUUAACCAAUUCUUUGGAGCCUUACAGGAAGCAACUGUGUACAGAAUGGAUCGGAAGCACAGAGGCCACUGUGUUGUUGUCAAUAACCACAGCUUUACCUCACUCUCAGAUCGACCAGGGACUCAUAGAGAUGCUGAGUGCUUGGAGCGUGUGUUUCAGUGGCUGGGGUUCAGCGUACAUAUAUAUAAUAAUGUGACCAAAGGACGUCUAGAUGAGGUUCUGAAGGAAUAUAAGAGUCAUCCAGGCCAUGCUGAUGGAGAUUGCUUUGUGUUCUGUGUUCUGACCCAUGGGAAAUUUGGAGCUGUCUACUCCUCAGAUGAGGCCCUUGUUCCCAUUCGGGAGAUCAUGUCUCAUUUCACAGCCCAGCAGUGCCCUGGCCUGGCUCAUAAACCCAAACUCUUUUUUAUCCAGGCCUGUCAGGGUGAAGAGAUACAACCUUCUGUAUCCAUUGAAGCAGAUGCUGUAAAUUCCGAGCAUUCACCUCCUACCCCUUCCCUCCUGGCCAGUGUUCCCAGUGAUGCAGAUUUCCUUCUUGGCCUGGCCACUGUCCCUGGCUAUGUAUCCUUUCGGCAUGUAGAGGAAGGCAGCUGGUAUAUUCAAUCUCUGUAUAAUAAUCUGAAGAACUUGGUCCCGAGACAUGAAGAUAUCUUAUCCAUCCUCACUGCUGUCAACAAUGAUGUGAGUCAACAAGCAAACAAAGAAGGAACAAAGAGACAGAUGCCCCAACCUGCUUAUACACUACGGAAAAAACUAGUAUUCCCUGUGCCACAGGAAAAACUUUUAUUGUAGUAGAGAGUUCUCAAUGACUCUUUGACUUGAAAGGAAACUUUGGUCAUCUCUUCCAAUCUCCCACCCACCAUAGGAAUCAUUGAUAGAUGGUGAGCCUGUCAUUCGAAUAGGAAAUGCCCUAUUUUCUGAUUCAACACAUUCUUUAAAAAUUUUUUUUUUUAUUUUUGACAAGUCUAAUUGUUAGAACACUUUCUUUAUUGAAGCCUUUGGUUGUAGUCUUGACAUUAGUUUUGUGCCCUGAGAAAAAGCAAUUGGCCUUGGUUUGUGUAUCUGUGAGGUAAAAGGUAGUACCAGAUACAUUUUAAAAUUCCUUUGAGCUCUAAAGAACCACUAUUCUUAACCUCAACUGAGCUUUGAUUUCCUCUCUGUAUGACCACCCUUUGUGAACAUUCUGUGUCCCUUUUGCAUAGCCUUGUUUUGGACAUUGGAUAAUGAUGAGAUCACACAUGGUUCAUUGACCCUUUCUCUGCUCUCCACUUCCUAAGGCUUCUCAUCUACACAUCUGCUGGGGUGAAAUUUUUGUCUAUAUGAUGCCCAUUUCCAGCUUUAGUAUAACGAAGGUGUUCCCACAGGAACUCUUUAUCUUGGGUUGGGAACAGGUUUGGCUCUAGGAAGAUGAUAGUUCAGUAUGAAGAGAGACAACUCAGCCACUCUGGGAUCAGAGACUUUACAGGCUGAGGUUAAAUUCUGUGUCGA